AUGGACAUGAAAUCAGUAGCGGUAAUCCUGAAUCGAACGUUCUACUCAAUGAUAAACGAGAAGAUUUGUCCGGUGUCUGAUAGUACCGUAUCUUCUAAGGUGCUCAGCAGAUUUCCCUACUCCAUCAAAAUUGAGGAAAUACAGCAAAUCGUGGAGACCGAGGAGGUCAUCUUCUCUUCGGUUGAAAUGCUGCAGCAUGAAGAAUAUGAAAUUACUUCUGUUCCAAAAGAAACAACACCAGCUGUCAAACGCUCCAGCAUCUGCGAUUUGGGUCGAGAAGACGAUUAUCAAGCAAAGUUGCUUCAACAGGAAAAUUAUGCUCAAGAGCUCAAUUUCCAACCGGCAUCGAGCACAUAUGAUACGGAAGGUUCAGACCAGGAGCAUACUUUCGAUUUGGUUCAAAUGGACGGCAUUAGUCCGAAUGAACUUUCGGCUAUCCGCAGACGAGGGCACAACUUGCCUAAACGUUCUGUGGAGAUUUUGAAACGCUGGUUGUACGAACAUAGGUACAACGCGUAUCCUAGCGAUGCGGAAAAGGUAACGCUUUCCCAGGAUGCGAAUCUGACCGUACUUCAGGUUUGCAAUUGGUUUAUUAACGCCAGACGCAGGAUCUUGCCGGAAAUGAUAAGGCGCGAGGGUCACGAUCCUUUACAGUACACUAUUUCACGGCGGGAUAAAAAGUUAAAUAGUCAACUAGUCACCAUGCAAGAUCCCAACACAGUGUCGAUGAGUCUUGCGUCUGAAAUUAUUGUGGGUGCUACCGAGGAAAUCAUCGAGGAAGAAGAAGUCAUUGAGGAAGGUGUAAUUAUUUCCAACGUGGGCCAGCAGUAUGUGCGAACACCUAGCGGACUGGUCAAAGUGGAGGAAGAUGUAGCUUUCGAAGACCAUAUUAUUUAUCGGUCGGACGAAAGCAAUAUCGAAUAUGAAUAUCCUGAGGAAGAGGAAUUUCAAACCGAACAAACGGAAGACCAGUUUCAAAACCUCUACUUGCUGAUGGAAACGGCCGUUGCUGUGCGCCAACGAGAAAUGGAACAGGACGAUGAGCGCGUACAAGGCAAUUAG